GCACAACACUCCUUGUACCUCAUCUCUGUGCUGCUGCCCAGCCUCCAAACAAGCGACGAGCAACUGGGAUCAUCACACGCUUAGCACCUUCCUGGAGCCCCUAAAGGUCAAGGGUCGGGUUCUGCAAUGGGAUUUGGUCCCUCUCAGAUGACUGAAAAGCAAAACUGCAAAUAAGUCUUCCUGUGUGGAAUAUUAAAGAAUCCUUCUCCAUAAAGCUGUCCUCCUCUUUGGCAAAAUGUCAACAGUCACUUCAGCAACCCCAGAUCCUCCUGCAAUUGCCAACCCCCCUCCCCCUGAGGUGAUCAACUCUACCAAACCUGGCCGCAAGACUAACCAGCUGCAGUACAUGCAAAAUGUAGUUGUCAAGACACUGUGGAAGCACCAGUUUGCAUGGCCUUUCUACCAGCCUGUUGAUGCUAUCAAGCUUGGUCUUCCGGACUAUCACAAGAUAAUAAAGAACCCAAUGGACAUGGGUACCAUCAAGAAAAGACUGGAGAAUGUGUACUACUGGAGUGCCAGCGAGUGUAUGCAAGAUUUCAACACAAUGUUCACAAACUGUUAUAUUUACAACAAGCCAACAGAUGACAUUGUCUUGAUGGCACAAGCAUUAGAGAAGAUCUUCCUUCAGAAAGUGGCCUUGAUGCCUCAGGAGGAGGUAGAGCUCCUUCCUCCUGCCCCAAAGGGCAAAGGUCGUAAACCUGCAGGGCCAGGUCAGCAGGAUGGGUCUGUCUCCUCUGGCUCACCCAACUCCAUUGUCCCUGGUGCCACCUCGCCGAGUUCGCAGACGGCGGCCAUAUCCCCACCUCCAGUGCAUGCUGUCACCCCCAGUGUGCCAUCUGUACAGAACACAACCGCUUCCAUGAUACCCAGCGUGCCCCCAUCGCAACCCGUCGUCAAAAAGAAAGGGGUAAAGAGGAAAGCAGACACAACAACCCCCACUACCUCUGCCAUCACGGCAAGCAGGAGCCAGUCGCCCACCCCUAUUUCAGAAGGCAAACUGGCCAAGGUGGCAUCCAGGAGGGAGAGCACUGGUCGCCCCAUCAAACCACCUAAAAAGGAUUUUGAGGAUGGUGAACUAGGCCUGCAUGCAGGCAAAAGGAGCCGACUUUCAGAGCAGCUCAAAUACUGCGACGUAAUUCUAAAAGAAAUGCUUUCAAAAAAACAUGCAGCAUAUGCUUGGCCCUUUUACAAGCCUGUCGACGCAGAGGCUCUUGAGCUGCAUGACUACCAUGAAAUAAUCAAAAACCCUAUGGACUUAAGUACAGUUAAAAAAAAAAUUGACAGUCGAGAGUACCAGGAUGCACAGAGUUUUGCUACAGAUGUCAGAUUAAUGUUUUCAAAUUGUUACAAGUACAACCCACCUGAUCAUGAGGUAGUUGCUAUGGCCAGAAAGCUGCAGGAUGUGUUUGAAAUGCGUUUUGCUAAGAUGCCAGAUGAACCAGUGGAAGUAGUCGGUGUAGUCGGGGCCAGUGUUGUCAGUAAGAGCACUGUCAGCAGUGAGAGCAGUGGCAACUCCACCUCUGACAGCUCCGAUUCCGAAGAAGAGAGGGCCACCCGGCUCGCUGAGCUGCAGGAACAGGUGGGUGCGGAACAGUGUAUCUCUUUGGAGCACCCCAAUGGUAGCAGACAGGGGAUAAAAAACGGGUGCACCAAGAAUAAUCAGCUAAAAGCUGUCCACGAACAGCUAGCUGCUCUCUCUCAGGCCCCUGUUAGUAAACCAAAGAAAAAGAAAGAGAAGGAAAAGGACAAGAAAAAGAAAGAAAACAAGCACAACAAAUCCAAGCAAGAGGAGAAAGGCAAACCAGGGCAGCUGGUGAAACCAGCCCAGCAGAAAAAGGGUCCAGCCAGAAAAGCCAACAGCACUGUCCCUGGCAACAGGCAACCAAAGAAGGGUGGCAGAGGCUAUGAGUCAGACGAUGAGAUGUCACUCCCCAUGACGUAUGAUGAGAAACGGCAACUGAGCCUCGACAUAAACCGGUUGCCUGGAGAAAAGCUGGGCAGAGUGGUCCACAUUAUUCAGUCCAGAGAGCCUUCACUGCGGGACUCCAACCCAGAUGAAAUCGAAAUAGAUUUCGAGACACUUAAGCCUUCCACUUUGCGUGAGCUGGAGCGAUACGUCAAGUCCUGUUUACAGAAGAAACAGAGGAAACCUCCACAGAAGGGAGGCUCAGGGUCAGGGCCGUCCCGGCUCAGUGGCAGCAGUAGUUCCUCAGACUCAGGCAGCAGCAGUUCCAGCGGCUCCACUUCAGACAGCAGUGACUCCGACUGAACACUUUUUAUUUACUUUUGACAUUGGAGAAAAAAAAAAACAUUGUAUGCAGUCAUGGUUGUUUCCCCUCUGAGACUUUUUAUAAAAAAGAAAGAAAAAAGACAAUAAAAAUGCAUCAUGUCAGGAAUUUUUUUUUUUUUUUUUUUUUUUUCUUCCAUUGUCAAUAUUACUGUGAGAACAGAACGGUUUGAAGCAUACUUUAAAGUUCAAAUCAACUUCGCCAGCAUCCCGGUAUGUGUAUUUUUUUACCAUCACUGAAAUAAGCCAUGCCAUUUCACCAGAAAAGGGAGCUGGAAACUGCAAUCUCCUCCCUGAUUUUACUUCUGCACCCAUUUAUGUUAUUUAUUUUUAUUUUUUUACAUUUUAGCUAUGGCCUCUUAUUUUCGCAUUUGGCGCCAUGCCAUUGAGUUUGCUCCUGUUGUUGUAUUGUCCUUUCAUGAACGGAAAUGUUUCAUACUAUUCCCAACAGUGUCACAAUGCUUAAAUAGUCUGGGGAACAAAUAGCUUUCAUUAGGAAUAGCAAGCUCUCUGAAGUUAAUCUGUUUAUUUGGCCGUUCAUAUAGCUGAAGGCCUAAUUGUAAACCUAUAUUAACAUAGUCUCAUACUCCCCAGCUAAAAGGUGCAGAAAUACUUUCACAGGAAUCAAGUAGUAUUUAGCAGUUUUGUUCAGAUGCUUUACAUUGACAUGAGUAUGUAUUUGAGUCAGUUAGAUGAAAUGCGAACACAUCUUCCAACACCUUGGUUGGAAAUGAAUGUACAGAAUUCCAAAUGGUUUCACCUAUGACAGGCUUUUGUACAUCAAGCAGAAUUCGAUGAGAUUGAAGGUGUUGAUUAUGUGAAUAUUGUCACCUGGGAAUGGUCAAUUUAUCAUCUUAAUCAUGCCCAUUACUGCUAUUACUGUUGUGAUACAUAUAAUGGAGAUGCAUUUGCCACCUUGCUUACUGUUUUCUGCAGAUGUUUUGACAAUGAUAGUUGAAUCACAGAAUCUUCCUCUUCUCAUAUUCAUGCAAAAUUGAUUCAUGAAUGGUAGGUUAGAUUUUAUACACCGUUCCAAUCGGUUUAGUUAUGAUAGCAUUUUUUUUUUUCCUUAUCAAGUUUUUCAGCCAUUCCUCAUGUGGCCUACUUUCCGUUAUCUCUUAGAAUAACUAAGCGGUUGAUUAUUUUCUGUUAGUGUUUGUAAGAUAUGUCCUCUCUGACUUUUAAAAAUAAUAUUUUAAAGAAAACUGGUAUUUGUUUCAUUUUCUGAUACGUUUUGUUUUAUGAAUGGGUGCUUUGAAAACCUUUUGACUUGUUUCAGAAUCACUUAAUUUUGUAAUUAUCCUGGAGACAAAGCCAAAUUUUAUGAGGGACUUGUAUCUUUCAGACUUAAUUAAAACACUAAUAGAUGUAGUCAAAUCGUAAUUAUUUUAAUAUUGUUUUAUUUUGGUGCACACAACAGCAAAACUUCCUAAAUCACUUCUGUAUGUCUAAUAUUAAUCAUGCCCUGUCAGGUUUCCAAGAGUGAUUUCUUUUAGAGACAGACUUAAAAUAAAAUAUAUAUUGGAGUAUAUAGAUAAGAUUAUAUAUAAACUUGAUUUCUAGUUCAUUUUAGCCCCUGAUUGCAAAUGAAAGUUCCUUUAUACAAGUUUACUUUUUGAUCUUGACAUGCACGCAUGAUUUAUUGUAUUUUUCUUAUAUCAUUUUUGAGCUGUUUAUAGUUAUCCUUCUGUAAAUGUAAGUCAUGGAAACAAAAAAAAUCAAGAAAUACAUUGCAAGUAGAUUUAGGCUUGUCAAUUGCGAUAUGGGAUUUUGGGUCGGAUGCAAUGGUAGAGGCUAACAUUUGAUGUAAUCGCCUACCUGGAAUGUCUUUUGCACCGGGUAGUUUUUUUCCAUAAAAUAAAUUACAAAAUACCUUUA